AUGACGAUGAAAAAGGUUUUCCUCGUCUCAAGGCCAUGUCACGCCCGAGAGAGGCGAGUGUCGUCCCCGCCGUCCAGAAGCAAUGACUUCAAGGACGACCUCGACUUCUCCUCGGCAGGUCAUGGGUCCUCGCGGUUCUCCAACGAGUACGACCCUUGCCCUCACCUUCCGCUCGAGGGCCAGAAGGAAGGCGAGGAGGAGGACGACGAUAAGUGCCGAGGUUUCCUUCGAGGACGACCUCGAGCCACGUCGGCCUCGAUCUCUAGCGACGAAGAUCUCUUCCUCGAGAGCCAGGUCGCUGGGGGUCACAGCGCAGAGGUCAGCAGCUCGCUUCCCUUCGAGGCUAUCGGAGGUGAAAGGUCACAGGUCAAGAGAAGUAGAAGGAAAAGGAGAAACACCGAUGAUGAGAGAGGAGAAAGAGAGAGAAGUGAAGGAGAAGAGGAAGAGGAGAUGGACGAGAGAAUGGAAAUAAUUGAGAAGGAUGUUGCGGAGGAGAUCGAGCGCAACCUCAGUGAGAACCUGAGGGUCACACGCAGCGAGGUUGACCUUGAGGGAGAAGGUCAGAAGCUGUGUAGGUCGGGGAUGAAGCUCCUGCCACCGGACUUAUACGAAGCGGACACCUGCGCCCUCUGUUACCACUACAUGAGAAAUACCGACCUCUUUGUGAACAAAUGGAAAAGCGUGGACGCGGAGAGGAACAGCUGGGAAGGAGAUACAACUCGCGUCUACACCAUCAACGUCUUGGAGACCCCGGAAGGCUCCUUGCUGCAGGUCUAUAUGGUUCAGGUGUGA